AUGCCAGCUGACCCACGACUUUCGCUCGAGGUGUCUAAUGGCUUCGAAAACUGGCAUGAUUCGAAAAAGGCCAAUGAAGACGAGCGCCAUACUUUGGAUCAGCGAGGGAGAGCACUAGCCAGGUUAAGCACAAUUGUCGAAGGGGGGUUGGAAGUAACCUUGGGGGGGAGUUGCGUUCUGCCCCCGAUGACGCUCUCGGAUGACUUAAUUGGUCCGAUAACCUUAUCACCUAUUGGUAAAGUUGCUGUAGUCGGUUGUACGGUCUAUCAGCCAUCAGAUGACAAUCUCAGGGCACUAGGCAGCAGCAUAACUAGUUCACUCACCCUUGGCUCGUUAGGAUGCCAAUCUGAAGCCUUGAAACCUCUCGCAUUUACUCUUCAGAUCAACCCACAAACACAACUCAAUAUCAACUACAACGAUAGCUGUACGGCAAAGAAAGCAGCUCCAGGCACGAAAUACCGCAAGCGCAAUCAUCUGGUGGACGGGCCCGAGAAAGUCUAUGAUUGUCAGGAGAAGCCGAACGGUCCCAACUGCGCAGACCCUCAAUACAACCACUCCAUAACUGACAAAGUUGUCAACGACUUCUGUCCAAACUGCAAGGCUGAAGGACGCUCAUAG